AUGACUUCUCAAUGGGAGGCAGGAGGGCGGCGCGGCGCGAGAGUGCGGCGGCGAGGGGCGGGCGUGGGCGGCGCCGCCACGUGGCUCCGGCUUUCGGCCGCGUCGCGACGCCCGCUGCUGCCGCUCCUUGCACGCGUUCGGGAGUCCGGGACCAUGCACAGUGAGGCGUUGAUGGAGGCUGAGUACAGCGAGGUGGUCGCGAGUUGUGAGGCGCGGCGCGACGCUCCCAUGGAGGCCACGCUCGACACCAUGCACCCGCUGGACCCGCCGCCGCCCGAUGUCUUGCUGGCUCUGCUCGCAAGAAACAAGGCGCUUGAAGUAAGGCGGGGUGUAUGGUGGGGGAUGGUGUGGAGGCUUGGGGAGCGCUGUAAUCAAGAAGAGUACCGCCGUCCCCUGGCGCAGGCUGCGCACCGUACCACCGCUACCCCUCCCCGCGCCCCGCGUCCCGCCCGUCUCUCGCCUCUCUAA